GUAGCAACACGGAAGCAUUGGAAGGAAAACAAAUAAGCGUUUAACUUUGAGUCGAUUUGAAGUCAGAGAAGAGCUACUGGGCGCCGUUUUUCUUCUGUCUUUGAGGAAAACUGUGGUCUAUGAUGGAGUUCCUGUUUGGGAAGAGGAAGACACCGGAGGAGAUGCUGAGGCAGAACCAGAGGGCGCUCAACCGGGCCAUGAGGGAUCUGGACCGAGAGCGAAUGAAGCUGGAGCAGCAGGAGAAGAAGAUCAUCGCUGACAUAAAGAAGAUGGCCAAACAGGGACAAAUGGACGCAGUAAAGAUCAUGGCGAAAGAUUUGGUUCGCACGCGGCGCUACGUCAAGAAGUUCAUCAUGAUGAAAGCCAACAUUCAGGCCGUCAGCCUAAAGAUCCAGACGCUCAAGUCCAACAACAGCAUGGCACAGGCGAUGAAAGGCGUCACCAAGGCCAUGGCCACCAUGAACAGACAGCUGAAGCUCCCUCAGAUUCAGAAGAUCAUGAUGGAGUUUGAGAAACAGAGCGAGAUGAUGGACAUGAAGGAGGAGAUGAUGAACGACGCCAUCGAUGACGCCAUGGGGGAUGAGGACGAUGAAGAGGAGAGCGACGCCAUCGUCUCCCAAGUGCUGGAUGAGCUCGGUCUCAACCUGUCCGACGAGCUGUCAAAUCUUCCCAGCACCGGGGGGAGCCUCUCUGUGGCCGGCGGGAAGAAGGCCGAGCCCCAGGCCGCCUUGGCCGACGCGGACGCGGACCUGGAGGAGCGUCUGAAUAACCUGCGGAGAGACUGAAUGCGCGAGAACUGUCAGAGAAGCGCACUUUGGCAAGGGUCACCAAUACAAACGCACUCGAAUCUCUGCGUCUAGAUUCUUUUGGAGGCACAAGUGGCCGACUGUUAACAGCGAGCAAGCUGUUCUAUAAGGUGUAUGGCUUUCUGUUUGAGGUGUUUUCAUUUACUUUGUGCUAUGUAUCUUAUCAUUACGGGGGUCGUUACCCUCCAUAGGUCUAGAAAGUCCUCUUCGAUUCAGUUAAGACUCUGCCAAAUGACACACGUUGUCUGUACAUACUAACUUCUCAAAGCAUGAUGUAUUUACGGUUUAGAGCAACACUAAUUACAGAAUAUUCAAGGAAAACCAAAAAAAUCUAGAGAUGUUAAAGAAGGCAAAAUUUUAUAUGACUGACAUUUAGAAGUGUCGGCGCAUUUUGUACAUGAGGUGGGUUCGGCGUUCUUUUUCUAUCAUCAAUAUUAAAACAUUAUCAGCAUUUUUAUUCUCUUUAAAUGUGGAAGGUUCUAGUGGAAAAUAUGGUUUAUUAUGAUGAUAACUAUUGAAAUUUGACAAGGAAGACUGGAAAACACUCCUGGAGAUUAUUUUACUGACGUUUGUGAAGUCAGCAGUGUCCUUAUUGCAAAAUGUUAAGGAGUUUGUGGUGUUUUUUUUUUUUUUUUUUGAGAAAUCUUAAUUUUGGCUUAUUCAAUAAACAUUUUUUUCCAGAAGA